UAUUUUCGUAAAUUCUAAAAUUUUUCCUUCUUUAUCUGCAUAUAAAUACAUGAGAGGAGGGUUUACUCAGGGCUACUGAAGUUGAACAGCUGAUGAGCAAAAGGUUGAGUUCCGAAAGGGUUCUUUCUAUUGAAUAGUUCAGAGUGGGCACUGCAGCAAAAGAUGGCACUAGGAAAUGUUCAUCACCAAGAAUCAGUUUCGACUAUCUUGAAAUUUGUCCAUAGCAACAACACAUUGAGGAGAAAAAGAGUUGCAUUAUCCAACUCUGUGAACUUGCUCAAUUUUGCAUCUCCCGUGAAGCUCUGUGGAAGAUCAAGAUUAGGGAAAACAAAUCGAUUGGAGAACUUGCCCCAAGAUGUUUUGGUAACAAUAUUAUGCAAGGUCGAGCACAGAGACUUGAAGCGACUACUCUUGGUAUCCAAGACAGUGAAUGCAGCUACAUCAGUGGCCAAAGAGUUACAUUUUGCUUUUGCCACUCCAAUCUCAAAUCCUGUCUUUCGGGAUGAGACCGACGAUCGCCAAGAGACUCCGAAUGCGCCUAAGCAACAAAGGAUUGCGAAAUCAAGGCUUGAUGGCUCAAAGCUUUCAAGUAUUGCCACAGCUCUUUUCACUUCAUCAGAGGAUGAAUAGUGUUUUUGUCGGUGUACAGUUCGUAGUUCUAGUAUACACAGGGAUUGUUUUCCUAGUUUAGAUUCUACAUUGAUACUUGUUAGUUCAUCCUGUGUUUUGUGAAGACAUGUAGUUAUUUAUAUUCGCAAGCCAUCUUCAACUCUUUCAUUGAAGAGGAUUGGCUCUCUGUAACUUAUGUUAAUAUUAGUAAUGUAUGUAGAAGAAUCAUCUCAUGUGAUGUAAUGUACUCAAAAGAUUAUAAUAAAGUAUAAUUCUUGAAGAUGUCCCUU